GACCAGUACAAACUCAUGGCCAAUCAGCUUCGGGAGCGGCACCAGUCCCUGAAAAAGAAAUAUCGAGAGCUGAUUGAUGGAGACCCAUCAAUUCCACCUGAAAGGAGGAAGCAGCUCCUAAGGAUGACGAUAGCAAAACAGAGACUAGGUGAUGAAGAAAUUGGAGCCCGCCAUUUUGCAGCCCAUGAACGAGAAGACCUGGUUCAGCAGCUAGAGAGAGCUCGGGAACAGAUCGAAUCCCUGGAGCAUGACCUACAAGCCUCUGUGGAUGAGUUGCAGGACAUUAAAGAGGAACGUUCUUCCUACCAGGAUAAAGUGGACAGGCUGAACCAGGAGCUCAAUCAUAUCCUGGGUGGUCAUGAGAACCGCAUCAUUGAUGUGGACGCCCUCUGCAUGGAGAACAGAUACCUCCAAGAGAGAUUAAAGCAGCUUCAUGAAGAGGUCAGCCUACUUAAAUCUAAUAUUGCCAAAUAUAAGAAUGCCCUGGAGAGACGGAAAAACUCCAAAAGCCAGGGCAGAUCCAGCAACAGCAGCAGCAGUGCCUUAACUGGAGUCCUGUCUGCAAAGCAAGUUCAAGAUUUAUUAUCUGAGGAUCAUGGAUGUAGUCUUCCAGCAACACCACAGUCCAUUUCAGAUCUGAAAUCUCUAGCUACUGCCCUGUUAGAGACAAUCCACGAGAAAAACAUGGUUAUUCAACACCAAAGGCAGACCAACAAAAUCCUAGGUAACCGAGUGGCAGAGCUGGAGAAAAAAUUGAGAACUUUGGAAGUAUCGGGUUUGUGGAGUCUCCCGGGCCUGAGCUACAAUGUUUCAGUGGGAUUCAGGAGAGGCAAGGACACCAUAACUUUCAAUGAUUCCACUCUUCCAGUCAUGCAGAGGUCAAGAUCCCCUCUGCUGAAAUUCCUAGAUCAGCGAGAAGAAAACAAAAUAUAUACUAAAGAUGGGGAGCAGAAGGAAGGAGAUGAAAGUUCUUCUGUUGCUGUGGCAUUGACAGCUCCUGAGGAGGCUGCAGCCCAGUUCUCUGACAAUUCCCCAGCCAAGCCCAAGCACGGGAACCAACGCAAGCACUUUCAUCCCUCAUUACCCCAGCUACCUUCUGAGGAAGAAGAAAUAAACAGGCUUGGAAGUGAAAUCAUUAAACUGACAGAGGAACAGGCAGCUGAAGAACUAGAAGGGACCAGAAAAGGGAGUUCUCAAGAGGACCCAAGGAAAGGGACCGGUCCAUCUCACAUCAGGGGGAUGCCCAAGGUAGAGUCUCCUUUGUCUAGCCCUGAUCCCUUUGGUUCCAGCGAGUCCUUGGGUUUGGGGAAAGAACAAGCCCCCGAAGGCUGUGACCUGGAAGAGGAGAAAGCUAUCCCAGAGGAGAGCUGCUCAGGCAUCAUGAAGACAUGAAGGAUAAAGGGAUUGAAAAUUGGAACACAUGGAAGGCGCAAGAGAUGAUAAGAAUUAAGCCACAGAACAACACAUUAGAAGUAACUCUCUCCUCAAAUAUUCCCUAGUCUGGGACUCAGAAAAUCCUCUGAUCCUGUUGCAAACUGUAGGUAUUUUGAUGACAGUACAGCUUGAUUUAUU